AUGGGAGGCUUCUUUGGGAUUGAUUUCCAUAAUCAUCCAUGCCAUCGAUUUUGGGGGUGUGAAAGGGUGGAUCUGGCAGUAUCUGGGGAUCAUAAAGAGGUUGAUGAUCAUGGGGGUUUCAAGAGGGGUUUUAAGAGAGAUGGGCUUGCCCUUGAAGCAGGGGCAAGUGAAGCGAGCAAGGUCAACAGCAGCAGAGAUGGCCGUGGAGAGAUGCAUGUGAAUCAUGUUAGCAAUUAUAGCUUUGGGGAAGCUGAGGCAUUAACUGAUGAGGUUGAAGGAGAGUUUCAGCAUGUUGGGGAGAUACUGCCAGAUCCACCCUUUCACACCCCCAAAAUCGAUGGCAUGGAUGAUUAUGAAAAUCCUCGACAGAGUGGACAAUUCAACAGAAACUGUGAAAAUGGGAGAAAGCCAGCUUUGGACAGUCAAGUUGUAGAAAGAAGGAAAUCUGAGGCUUCCAUUGAGCCAUCCAUCACUGUCAAGGACAGUAAGAGUCAGCAACCAAGGAAAAAUGAGGUUGCUGUGAGGCUAAAUAAACCAGAAACUGCAGAUAAUGGCCCUGUCGGACCCCCAAAAUCAACUAUGCAGCGAAAAAGCAAUACAGAGCCAAAGAUGCAGCCAAAAAUAGAGAACAAUACAAUCCCAAAGAAGCCUCCCAUGAUUCAGAAAGAUAAAUCCAAGUUUUCAGAUAAAGUUGCAGUCCAAGUAAAGGUAGAGGCCAUU